GUGCUCCUGUAUCUCCCGCCUCGUCUCGUCGCAGCACAGUAAACUCACACACUUCACUACACUUCACCUUUAACUCAAUACAAUGUCUGGCCGUGGAAAAGGUGGAAAGGGUCUCGGAAAGGGUGGUGCUAAGCGUCAUCGCAAGAUUCUUCGUGACAACAUUCAGGGCAUAACAAAGCCUGCUAUCCGUCGUCUUGCCCGUCGUGGCGGUGUCAAGCGUAUCUCUGGUCUUAUCUACGAGGAGACCCGCGGUGUCCUAAAGAUCUUCCUUGAAAAUGUCAUCCGUGACUCGGUAACAUACACUGAGCACGCAAAGCGGAAAACUGUUACCGCCCUUGAUGUGGUCUACGCUCUGAAGCGCUCAGGGCGUACUCUGUAUGGUUUCGGUGCAUAGAUAUUU